AUGAGCGCACCGAAUCCGGCUUUGUCGUCCUUGUCCGGCCCGACUUAUACUACCGCCCAGACACUGAUCCAGCAGGUGGCGUAUCUGUUGAGUGACAAGAUCUUUUCGUACUCACCGGAGACCUUCGAUCUCGAUGCUGCUCUGCAAGCAUGGUCCGAACGAAAGGAGACUAACGCCAAUGGCGAGUCUCCCGUUAUCCAGUCUCUCGAGACCCGCCAGGGUGCCGGAAAUAUGGCUCUUGGAUAUCUCUUCUCCCAAGAUUUCGACCUGAAGAAGCGCCAUGUUCCUCAGGGUAUCGUCGCAUCCUCUGCUACCCUUCCUUACAUGCGGUCCGCUCUGGAGCAGCUUUCUCUGCUCUACUCCGUAGCCAGCCCAGUGGCGGCUCACGUCGCUGCGGUCGACUAUGCCGGUGAGGAAGGUCUGGUUUCGGAUUAUGCUUCGGCUCUCUCCCUGGCUGAGGAUCUUGGUCUCGGUCUGGUCUCCAGUGGCUCUGCCCAUGAGGCUCAGCACAUGGCUCUUUUCACUACUUUGUUGUCGUCCCUUCUGCCUUCAAUUCACAUCUAUGAUGGCGUCCGUGUUGGUCGUGAGACCACCCGUGUCAUUGAUGUUCUUGGCAAGGAUGGCCUGAACAACACAUAUGAGAAUGUUCGCAAGACCAUUGAUGACGCUCGCAACCGCCAUCUCGAUGCACAGGGCAAGGUCCUCGAGCUGCUCAAGACUCUGAACGGCGAGCUCGGAACCGACUAUGGUGCUUUCGAGUACCACGGCCAUGCUGAGCCCAUUUCCGUCCUCGUUGUUUUCGGUACCGUCGAGGCCACUCUGGCUACCCAGGUUGCCCGCUCUUUGGCUAAGGAUGGUGUUCACAUUGGUGUUGUCAACGUCCGGGUUUACCGCCCCUUCGUCGAGGAGGAGUUCCUCCGCGUCCUCCCCAAGACCACCAAGACCGUUGGCAUUCUGGGCCAGGUGGCCAAUGAACAGGCUGUCCAGGAAGAGGGUGUUCACUCUGCUCUCUACGAGGAUGUCCUUGCCGCCUUGACCUUCGCCACCGACCGUGAUCAGACUCCGGCUGCUGUCGAGAUCAAGUACCCUCGCUCGCAGACCUGGGACCUGGUCAGCACUGCUGCUGCCUUCCAGCGUAUCUUCAAUAAGCCCAUUCUCCCCAGUGGAAGCGCCACCAAUGAGACUGCUCCUCUGCAGUUGCUCGAUCCUGCUGCUGUCCAGGAAUACACUUUCUGGGACGUUGACAACUCCGCCUCCGAGGAUGCUGCUCGUAUUCUCAGCCAGGCCCUCGCCGCUGACUCGGCCAGCAACGUCACCACCAGCAAGGUUCAUGACAACCUUGUCCAAGGCGGUGCCAUCCGUGUUGACAUUCGCAAGAGUGCCAAGAUCCUGGAUGCUCCUUACGCUAUUGCUGCUGCUGAUGUUUCUUACGUGGGCAACAUUGCUCUUCUCAAUGACGUUGAUGUUCUGGCUUCCGUCAAGGACAAUGCCAAGGUCAUUGUUAGCGCCCCCGGCGUCAAGGACGAAGAUCUGGAGAAGAAGCUGCCCGCCGCCUUCCGCCAGGCCGUCGCCCAGCGUGGUAUCUCUCUUUUCGUUGUUGACGCUUCCGCCAACGAUGACUCUUCUCUGGAAACGCUCAUUCUUCAGGCUUCCUUCCUUCGUGUUGCUUUGCCCACUCAGGAAGGCCUUGCCGCCAAGAAGCUGUCCGCCAUUGUUGGCAGUGCUGAGGCUCUGGAGAACGUGAUCAAGGAUCUUGAGAAGUUCCUGCGCCAGAUCGAGAUCCCCGAGGCCUGGAAGGAGCCCGAGGGCGCCAGCGAGGCUGUCCAGCUCCCCAAGGACAUUACUGCCAACAGCUUUGCUUCCUUCGACAAAAACGAGACUGAGCCCCUGACCCUCCUCAAGGACUGGGAGACUGCUGCCCGUGGCCUGGCCUUCAAGGAGGCCUAUGGCACUAAGAGCGCUCUCCGCCCUGAUCUGGCGACCAAGACAUUCACUGUCCACGUCAAGGAGAAUCGUCGCCUCACUCCCGUUACCUACGACCGUAACAUCUUCCACAUCGAGUUCGACCUCGGUGACUCCGGUCUCACCUACGACAUCGGUGAGGCUCUGGGUAUCCACGCUGAGAAUGACCCCAAGGAAGUCUCCGACUUCAUUGCCUUCUACGGCCUCAACCCCGAUUCUAUCGUUGAGGUUCCCAGCCGCGAGGAUCCUGCUGUUCUGGAGAACCGCACCGUCUACCAGGCUCUGAUCCAGAAUGUCGACAUCUUCGGUCGCCCCCCCAAGCGCUUCUACGAGGCUCUUGCUGAGUACGCCACUGACGAGAAGGAGAAGACCGACCUGCGCACUCUGGGUGGCCCUGAAGGUGCAACCGAGUUCAAGCGUCGUUCCGAGGUCGACACUGUCACCUUCGCCGACAUUCUGCUCGAGUAUCCAUCUGCCCACCCUGACUUCCACGAGAUUGUCCGCAUCAUUGGUCCUCUGAAACGCCGCGAGUACUCCAUCGCCUCGUGCCAGAAGGUCACCCCCAACACCGUUGCCUUGAUGAUCGUCGCUGUCAACUGGACCGCCCCCAACGGCACCGACCGCUUCGGUCUGGCAACUCGCUACCUGAACAGUCUCCAGGUCGGCUCUCCCGUCACUGUCAGCGUCAAGUCCAGUGUGAUGAAGUUGCCCCCGAAGUCCACCCAGCCCCUCAUCAUGGCUGGUCUCGGAACUGGUCUGGCCCCCUUCCGUGCCUUCGUGCAGCACCGGGCUCUGGAGAAGGCCCAGGGCAAGGAGAUCGGUUCUGUUCUUUUGUACAUGGGAUCACGCCACCAGCGCGAGGAGUACUGUUACGGAGAGGAAUGGGAAGCCUACCAGGAGGCCGGUGUCAUCACCCUUCUUGGCCGUGCUUUCUCUCGUGACCAGCCCGAGAAGAUUUACAUCCAGGACCGCAUGCGUCAGUCUCUUCCUGAGAUCAUGCAGGCUUACAUCCGCGAGGAGGGUGCCUUCUACCUCUGCGGUCCCACUUGGCCCGUUCCCGACGUCACCGCCGUCCUCGAGGAGGCUAUCGCCGCCGAGGCCAAGGCCAACGGCAAAAAGGUCGACACUCGCAAGGAGAUUGAGAAGCUCAAGGAUGAGGAGCGUUACGUUCUCGAGGUGUACUAG